AUGAGCCAGUAUCAACCCAACGCAGCGCCAUCGCGCUCAUUCAUUCUGAAAAUCAAUCUGAAGUUUUCAAAUAUUCUGCUUUCAUCUCUGUCGUCCGAAAAAGAUGGAAAGUCCGACAGUGACACCUUGAUUCACCACGCCUUUGUUCGCUAUUUUGACGCCCACAACGAACCGUAUCCGCCUUGGUUGGGCGAGCACUCCCACUCGCAACAGGACAUUGACGCAUCUUCUUCACCAUAUCAGCCCGUGAGUGCAAGGUAUAAUCUGGUGAGUCUGGCCCCUGUGGCCCUGUCUAACUAUGAGAGAAAUGAACCGGUUCGUCCUUCUCUGGCAGGAUACACAAGACGCAGCGCUUCACGAUUGCAAGAGAUGUAUAACAAAUCUCGGCAAGGAUCAGUGGGGACGGGCGGUUCCGGGCUGGGUACCCAAAGUGUGCAAUCAAGUAUGGCCGGGCUGGAUCUGGGCCAUCUUGGCCGCGGAAGUUCGGCUAGACUUCGAGAACGGCUAAUUAACAGCUCCACCGAUUCAGGCCGUUUUGAUUCGACAAGAACAUACAACUCGGGAAGUAAGUCUACAUGGGGACGCAGCUAA